CGUACCAUGGCGUUCUACAUCUCUGUGUGACAGGCAGGUUAGCAUCAGGAAAAACACCUCAGGACUGACGCGUCUGCGCACUGUAUUCUGUUGUCAGCCGCAGCGAGGUGACAGAUGAGGAUGGGGUCCCGAAUCAAGGAGAGCCCUGAGUCCACAUUUGAGGUGUUUGUGGAGGUAUCCCAUCCAGGCACACACAGCUCUGGGCCGGAGGUGCGAAGGCAGUUCCCUGAAGACUACACAGAUCAGGAAACUCUUCAGACUUUGCCCAAGUUCUGCUUCCCUUUCAACAUGGACAGCUUGACAGUCAGCCAGGUCAGCCAGAACUUCACAUUUGUGCUGACUGACAUUGAGAGCAAGCAAAGAUUUGGCUUCUGUCGUCUUUCUACAGGUGCACACACCAGGUGCUACUGCAUUCUCAGUUACCUGCCCUGGUUUGAAGUCUUCUACAAGUUACUGAAUGUCCUUGCAGAUUAUACUGUCAAAGGCCAGGAAAGCAAAUGGCAGGAGCUCUUGGUGUCACUACAUUCCCUUACCAUCCGUGAGCCUGGCGUCCCCCUUCAUCUUGGUGUGCAUUCUUUCUUCACUGUGCCUGACACAAGGGAACUCCCUAGCAUACCUGAGAAUAGAAACCUAACAGAGUACUUUGUAGCAGUAGAUGUGAAUAACAUGCUUCAUCUGUACGCUAGUAUGCUUUAUGAACGUCGAAUCCUCAUCUGCUGUAGCAAACUAAGCACUUUGACUGCUUGUGUCCAUGGGUCUGCAGCCAUGUUAUAUCCAAUGCACUGGCAGCAUGUUUACAUUCCUGUCCUGCCUCAGCAUCUACUAGACUACUGCUGUGCCCCAAUGCCCUACCUCAUCGGAGUACAUUCCAGUCUGAUGGAGAAAGUUCGAGGGAUGGCUCUGGAUGAUGUGGUGGUCCUGAAUAUUGACACAAAUACACUGGAAACCCCCUAUGAUGACCUCCAAAGCCUGCCCAAUGAUGUGGUUUCUUCUUUAAAAAGUCGUUUGAAGAAGGUUUCAACGACAACGGGGGAUGGUGUGGCUAGAGCUUUCCUCAAGAGUCAGGCGACUCUGUUUGGCAGCUACCGGAAUGCCCUGCAGUUUGAUUCGGGAGAACCUAUAACAUUUAAUGAAGAAACCUUUAUCAACCAUCGUUCCAGUGCCAUGAAACAGUUCCUUCAAAAUGCAAUUCAGCUGCAGCUCUUCAAACAGUUCAUUGACGGUCGCUUGGACCUGCUAAACUCGGGAGAGGGUUUCAGUGACAUCUUUGAGGAGGAGAUCAACAUGGGUGAAUAUGCAGUCAGUGACAAGACCUACCACCAGUGGCUGUUCACUGUGAAGAAAGGAGGCGGAGCUAUCUUCAACACAGUGAAGACCAAGGCAAACCCAGCAAUGAAGACGGUUUAUAAGCUUGCCAAGGACCAUGCAAAAAUGCGUAUCAAGGAAGUCAGAAGCCGGUUGAAGCAAAAGGAGCAGGCCGAGAAUGGUUUCUCCACUGGAGGGUCAGAGGUCAUCGAUGACGGCACAGCAGGAUUUAGCUCCUCAACUGAUGCAGUCAGAGGGGAGGGAUCGCUGCAAACCUGGGAUAACGAAAGGCCAGCCACUGUGCAUUUUGGACAUGUUUGCGGGAAUGAGACUCGUCCACCAAUGCUUUUGAAGCGACCAAGCAGCAAUGCAAGUCUGGAAAGCAGCAUUGACCACUGUGUCCGUCCUACUCGUCACUACACAGUCUUUCUGUCUGAGGAUUCGUCUGGAGACGAGUUCCAAUACGACGAUGACUCCAUCGCUGGGUUUCCUGACAGCUUUCUCUUCUCCGUCCCUUUUGAGUGGUCACCUCUGCCUCAGCCGUAUCGCUCCCUGAAGGAGGUUGAGUUGAUAGAAGGGGAUGAUCCAGGUUUUGGGGCAGAAAGCCACACAGCUCCUCCCAGCCCAGUUAAUGAGAAGUUCUCCAGUGUCAACCUAUUGGGCGACAUUUUUGGGUGCCAGGACGAGCCUGACAGUCAGCCAAUUACCUUGGCUAAAAGUCUCGAAGACCUGAGGACUCCUAAAGAUGAGCUACAUGCCAAGUUCACCUACCAGCGGAUGGAUCUAAGUGUCAGUGAAAACUCGCAAAUGCUUCCAGGCCUCAAGCUUUCCAACCCUUACAACAAGACUUGGAGUAGAGGGAAGGAUGAAACAGCUUUGCCUGUUGGUAUGCCUCCUACCUGUGAUAUACCUCUACCUAUCCAACUUCUUGUGCAGACAGAAGCCCACUCCCCUGGCCGGGAAAGCUCCAGUACAGGCACUGACCCUUUGGACCCUUCCACCGCUGGUAAUAUCACCAUUCCUCGUCCCCAUGGGAGGAAAACACCGGAGCUUGGGACUGUCCUAGCACCCCCCAUUGCCCAGUUGCGCUCUAAAACAGCUGUAGCCGGUGAGGGAAGGACUACAUCAGGGGGAAAAGAGUUUCGACAAGCUCUGGGCAUGACCACAGAUGGAGACCUGCUGAGACCCACAAAGGUUUCUGAGGACAGUAUAGAUCUGAUAAGCCUGCUAGACCCUCUUAAAACCUCGGCACAGCCCAGCUCUGCUGCAUUAACUGAUGAGGUCAAUAUCAGUGUCUCAUCAUCUAGCAAAGAAACACUUCCGCCAACAUCCCACCCACAGAACCUGCCUCCUUUCCCACUGCAUCCUCACAUAUCGCUGAAUCCUUUCGCCCAGGCUGUGCAGCACACCUCCCCUCAAAUGCAUUACUCACCAACUGUAAGUGCAAAUCCCUUCAGUGCAGUGUACAGGCCUCCACCAUGCUCUUACUUAAAUACUCCACCCAAGCCACACACCUUUCCUACACCAACGGGGCUCUACAGACAACAUUCACCAGGCAGCUCCACUCUGCCACCCUAUUAUGGACUGCUUCAGUCCACCUUCCCCUCCUCAGUCAACCCCCUACGUCAUUCCUCUGCCAGCAACCACGCAAUUUCCAGCCUGGGCGACUCCACAUCUGUCCCCACUACAGCCAUGAACAUACUGGAAAAGCCACUUCAGACUGAGGACGACAGUGAGAAGAUUCGGGAUCCUUUUGGGGACCUGCUGACUAUGGCCAACCCUGCUACACCCCCAAAAAAGAAGGUGGAGGACCUUAGGAGAAAGUGGGAAACAUUUGACUGAAACUGUCAAUGUGCACAGAGGUACCCUUCUCUGUCAUCACCCAAACUUCUCUCACUACUCUGUCAGGACCUUCUACUGCUUUUGAUGGUGCAUUAGCUCUGAUACAGUCUACCUUGCCCACGCACAACUGAAAAAAAAAUAAAUAACAGCUUAAAUUGAGAUUGAAGACAUGCCUGUAUCCUAAAAUGAGGAACAAUUUUAUUUUGUUUGCAUUCUAUAACCAGGCUGACAAUGAUUCUUAUGUUGUUGAAGUCAGAACAUUCUGAUUAUGACAUUAACUAGCUACCUAAAAUUAACUCGCAAAAAGUAAUUAACUUAUAUUAACAAUUCAUAAUUAAGUGCACAUUAUUUCCUCUACAAGCUAACAUCUGAUACUUUCAGACAGUAAGCAGCUGUCACCCUUGGUGUUUCCUGUGUCAACAUGACAACUGUAGAAGCUAGCAGAGACGAGGAAGGGAGAGUGUCUCUCUACCUGAGCACCCGAGGAGCUCAUUUGAGCUGGAUUUAAAUUUCCUGAAGCCAACCUGUUAAGGAAAUAAGAGAUAAUAUUUGAAAAGUUGUACAUUUUAUUAUUGUAAUAGAUGAUGUAGAGGCAGACUUCUUAGCCAACCAGCACAGACCAUCACAAGGCCAGCAUAGACCAUGUACGCUCACACUCACACCUACGGCCAAUUUAGAAUUGCCAAACAGUAUGUUUUUGGAUGGCAGAAGGAAUCUCGGGCACCUGCUGGAAACCCCUGCAGACACAUUCUGUAAUUAUCUUGAAAUUCAGUUUGUGUACCCAUGCAAAAGGGAUUGACAGGAAAAUAUGCUUGAAACAACAAACAGCAUAUAAUUAUAAGUACAGUUUUUCAGUGUCACGUGACAUUAGUGCAGCAUAAUGAUUUUCUCAGCCCACACAUUUCUUUGACUGUGCUCCAGAUGGACCAGUGUUUUGCAUGUAGAGUCCAGUUGUGCAAAUGCAUUAGGGGUGAUGUGUAUUAACUGCCUCAGAAGGUCCUGAUCCAGUAGGUAGGAAUGCCCCAUCAGCUCUGCUCCUGACCAGUGACAAAUAGGAGUGUGUGUCUGGUGAACAGAUAGAAGGUGUAGGCUGCCUCCUUAGUCAACAGCACUUGAACUCAUCUAGAUCUGCCCUAGGAUUGUCGGAAUUAGGAUAUAUUGUGUUUUUCUGCCAUUCUUCCAUGGAAAUGGAGUGCCAACAGUUCCCAAGCUCAUUGCCACUCACUAAAAUAUUUGCUGACAUAUUUUUUUGCACCGCUCCCUCACAUGUCAUCUGUCUUUAGUGGCACCACACACAGUGUAUCCUGCAAGAGGAUAUAUGCCAUGCUCACAACAGCAUGUCGUAAUGAUGUCAACAAUUAGCUUGUAUUGUUAUUAGUAGCUAGUCUGCUAUAGUUGAUUGACAUCUUAAUGGCAUCAUGGAUCUGUAGCUACAAAUUCUGGUGCACCUCAGUCAUGCAUUUGGAUAACUGAGUUCAUCUAUUGAUGUUUCUGGUAGCUUUAUGCAGAGUGAUGAUUGUAAACAUUUCUGUCAAAGUACGUAUAUGGAGACUUUGGGACACUUAUUGAAAACUCAAUGAACUUUUGUCCAAUUUUUCUGCUCAUAUGCUCAUUAUUUCCUUCAGUUUUUUGCCUUCGUCAAGUAUUACUUUGUGCUUGAUGACAGUUAUUUUGUAAUGAGUCUUCUUACAAAUUAUGUCAGUUGUGCAUAGUGAACAAAAAUAAUGGUUUCUCACAGUUUUGCCAACCAGUUACUAAUUCAGCUGUUGUGAUUCCUCAACCAUCAGAAACUGUGUAGGUGUCCAUGCUGGCCCAUACCACUUUCCGGGUGAUCUUGGGGCGUCCAUAUGUUGUGAAUGCCAAAAAAUCCUAACUGCUUUAAAGUGCUGUAUAGAUCUAGUUGCUGCUGUUGUGCGUGUACAGAUGACACUAUGCUUGUUCUCUGAAUGAUUAAAGUAUGGUGACAAGUAUCCUACUGCACCUGCUUAAAAUGUAGUAGAAAUAUCUGAACAUAUCAGCUUAACUUAAUUAAAAGUACCCUGACUCUG